GUCGAUCAGAUCGUCUCAGCGAUUCGCGCCGCGCUCAGUAGUCUCUUCAGUCUCCGUCCACGGACAGCCAAACUUACUUCCGUCGUCGUCCUCCGCUGUUGAGGUGAAGCUCGCAUUCGGCUCAAUCGUGCGUAAGUCUCCUGGCUGGCUGAGUGUUGUGUUGCGUCAGAGAUUCGCGUGCAUGUAUUAUCGAUCUACUACAUCGCAGUAUAAGAUCCGACGGGCUGUUGUCCGUUCUAGACAGUUGCGGUCUAGCGGUGAAGCAAGCAGCUCUCAUUUUUGCUAAUUCGGAAGUGCGAUUCGAUUGCGAUUGGCAUACGCGCGUGCGGAAGGGUGAUCGAUUUGCGAUUUUGUUGGACAGUUGAGGCGAACUCGAAAGCUAUUUGAAGUUCUGAUCUGCCCUCAGUGUUAGCGUUUGUUGGUGAAUGACAGUGACAAAAGAUAAACGGCUAUUCUACUGUGACAUUUUGGAACUGAUUAAAGCAAACUACUGGAUGUGCAAUACAGUUUGUGAUUUCCCAGUUUGAUAAAAACGACAACAGCAGCAGCAGCAAGACGGGACGACAACUCGACAUUGGCAACAGAAACAGAAACCCCAGUAAUCCAACACCCCCUUUGGCUGUGGUCAUAUCUGGGUCCACCUCUCGCCUUUAGGAGCAAAGGAAAAACUUAGUGUCGGAAUCGUUGAUGUGGUGGUCGCCGGUGCUGUGAGAAAUGCCAACACGAAGAAAAUCGCAGCAAUUAUAACUCGAGUGUGGUGAAUUAGUGAAGCGAAGCGCAAGAGUUGAAAGUUUAUCCAAGAGUGCGCGCGACUUAUUACACAUACGAAUUUUCGAAACCUUCGCUCGUUGGUGCAAUCUUGCAGGCAGGCAGAGAGAAAAAAGUGAGUCUAGUGAGUGUGCGAGAAGACGACAAAACAAAAAAUAUUUACUAGUCGUGUCGUCAUACAAUCUCCAGUGUUUGUGGGUACUGAAACCGUGAAAAUUGCAAACCGGCACGAAAAGUAGUGGGGUUAGUAGAGGAAGGAAAAAAAACCACUGCUAAACAGUACAGAAGAACAGCGAAAGCACACAUCUACGAAAAUGACCGUGGCAGCAUAUCAGGACGGGGCAGCGGCGUCAAAGCUGCAACCCACAACAGUGGACCCAACCAUCAUCACCAAUGUGGCACAGGUCGAGCAGAAGCUGACCGAUAUUCAGCAGUUCUACGAGAGAACGAGUGUUUUCAUCACCGGUGGCACCGGAUUUCUGGGAAAAACACUGAUCUACAAACUGCUCACAAGCUGUCCGGGCAUUGAAAACAUAUUCCUGCUUGUGCGAAGUAAACGCGGGAAAGACAUAUUUUCACGUGUAGAAGAAAUCUUCGACGAUGCCAUGUUCGACAAAAUGAAAGUAGCCUGCCCAAAGUACGACCACAAAAUCCGAGCCAUCGCCGGCGACUGUAUGCUUCCAAACCUGGGCAUCAGCCCUUCCGAUCGGGAAGUCCUGGUCGAAAAUGUGAACAUCGUGUUCCACCUGGCAGCCACCGUGCGUUUCGACGAGAAAAUGAAAACCGCCAUGCAGAUCAACGUCAAGGCCUGCCGAGACAUUUUGGACCUGUGCUACGAGAUGAAACACCUCAAGUCGGUCAUCUACGUCUCGACGGCUUACACCCAGUGCCCGCAGAAGGUGGUGGACGAACGGUUCUACGAACCGCCGAUCGACUCGAAGAAGAUGAUAUCGCUCACCGAUUGCGUCAGCGAUACCAUGAUGGAAAACAUCACACCCAUCUUGCUGGACAAGUGGCCAAAUACCUACACAUUCACGAAGGCAAUCGCCGAGGAUGUGGUACGACAGAACAGCAGGGGUAUGCCUAUUGGCAUGUUCCGACCGGGCAUCGUCAUCGCCACCUACCAGGAACCGGUACCGGGAUGGAUCGAUAACUUCUACGGACCGACGGGGGUGAUUGCCGGUGCUGGCACCGGUGUGCUGCGAACGCUCCGAGCCGACCCUACCAAGGUUGCCAACAUGGUCCCGGUGGAUCUGUGCGUCAACGGAAUCAUCUCGGCGGCUUGGGAUAUCGCCGAACGGUUUCGCACGGAAAUCAUGCCGGACCCGGACAUUCCAGUGUACAACUUCUGCACGGAGCGAAGCAACUGCAUCACCUGGGGCGACUUCACCUACACGACGAUCAAGUUCGGGUCGAUGUACCCAACCCUCAAGUCGAUCUGGUACCUGUGCUACACGAGCAACCCGAACAAAGUCCUGCACUACCUGUCGAUACUGUUCCUGCACUACGCCCCGGCGAUAUUCUUCGACGUCAUAGCGCUCUUCAUCGGACGGAAACCAAGGCUCAUGCGUACCUACAAGAAGAUCCACCGCUUCAUGGACGUGAUCGAGUACUUCUCCAUGCGCCAGUGGGAGUUCAAGAUGGACAACAUCAACGCACUGUGGCGGAAGUUGUCCCGGGCCGACCAGAAGGUGUUCUUCUUCGAUAUGCGCCAAAUCAACUGGGACUUCUUCCUGGAGCAGUACUUCUGCGGCAUCCGGAAGUACCUGCUGAAUGACCCGAUGGAAACCGUACCGGAAGCGCUCGUCCGAUGGAAUCGUUUAUACUGGCUGCACCAAGCUACCAAGGUGAUUGCGCUUCUAGUGGUGUACAAGCUGGUCUUUACGAUUUGGGGCUUCUUCAGCUAAGCGCCACCGUACUCUUAGUUUCGAAGGAUCGUGUCAUCAGUCCACGCCCACACACGCACCCCAUCACAACAUCCAUUACCGUGAUCAACUUCAUACAAAUCAUCGCCAUGAUGCCGUGACUAGAUCGUCCCUCCUGGUUAGGUCUUCGUCUAGAACGAGAAUCACCCAGAACGAGGGGAAGACACACAUCAACACAAGGAAACACAUUCAAAGAUUCACAUUUUGCUAGCUUUAGUACCAUUUUUCUACGGUUAGGAUUAGGUUUAAAUGUUUGUUCUAGUGGUUGACCAAACUGUUCAUAAGAUAUUGUGUGACAAUACAUUUUCAUUGUCUUUUUUGUUCGGGAUUGAUGUAAAGCUCUCGCUAAGUAAGAAGCCAAAAGUCCAUAAUUCAACUUUUCGUUUGUCGAAUUGUUAUACGUGUCAUUCCAUCUAAAUUUAAGCUGCAGGAUAAGUUCUACCGAGAGUAAGCGAAUUUCACAUCUGACAAACCCAUGGAACCUUCCAGCUUUUGGGUGCCCUUGAUAGAAGGCGAAAAAAGAAUACCAUUGCUUUACGUGGUUAUAUGCUUUGAAAAAGUGUCUUAUUGAUAAGCGACAAGCAAUAAAUGAGUUACCCAUUAGGGAGGGAACAAACCUGGUGUAAAGAUUUGAGCCAACCAAUUGACCACGAACAAUCUACCAAGUAAGCGUACAACAAAUUUGAGUAGUCGUUCCGGUUUUUUGAACGAGAUAUUUUUUUUGUAAUAAAAAGAUUAAUUUUAAGGAAAUGACCAAUAAAGUAUAUUUAGACAAUGA